UGUAACAAUUCCGACAAAUAUGAAAAGAACAAUUGGAGGUCCAGCGCAGCACUCAUGUGAAAAAUGCUAUUGUGUUUUAUAGUUAAAAACACGUCACAGGAUUGGUUAAAAACUCAGACAUUAACGUCAGUGACACUAAGACUGUAUGUUCUGUGGCUGCUCCACAUUGAGUAUUGGGUUAAUAUUCGGCACAUCCCACAGUAAGGACCCCCCUUCCCCCUCCUCGCUGCGCUCCAUCAUUAAUCAUCAGACUUUACUCUCUCAGCCAAAUUCUGUAAUUAGACAAACGAGGUCUCAAUGGUGAAAUUUCACAGCAGUUAUUAGUCCUAAACUAAACGUGAGUUGUGCAAAUCUCCAGACGCAGGUUGUGCAAGAAGUCGGGGUCUCGUCUUCUCACAGCUGGAAGAAUGUGUUGCUUGGAAACUGCUUUAAAAAUGGUAUUAAAGGAUAAUGUUUACACAAUAAACUGAUACAGUUUAAGGAUAAGAAGAGUGCUCUGCACACAACACAAGCUGCUCUGCUCUGCCAUCUAUGAAGUCUGCAGCCAACUAUUCGAGGGGUGCAGUUAUCUUACAACAUCUGGAGACCCCAAAAAUUGGGCUGUCAACCGAGAAGGACCUGCGCAGCUAUUCUCGCAGUGAGUUAGGCCUGAGCCUUGCAGUGACGGCUGAUCAAUACUAAAUCGAGAGUGUAUCAAUCCCCAGACACGCUGCAUCAUCACCGGACCUAAUCUAACCCCUAAAUCCGGACGGAUCUGCAAUAUCUACCCUAAAUUCAGAGACUUUCUAAAUACCUCAAGGUCCUCAACAACUGUCAGUCACUGAGCAAUAUAGACCGAAUUAGACUGUUACUGUGCCUUGGAUGUACCGUAAGCACAUAAGUAAAGUUGUUCAAGUUCAAGUUAAAUCUCCUUGUGGACCUUCAGUCAUUUCAUGCAUCUAUCAUUACUGGGAAGGGCGGCGAUAGGCCAGAGAAUUACCUCAGCAUACUAGCCCUCUGCCUGGCGUCACAAACUAUCGGGUUAAUAUUAACCCCUCAUAUACCGAUACAACAUCCCCACUACUAUACACCCCCCAAGGGUUACCACAAAGCCAUUUUGGCAUCACGAACAGGAUACGGGUGUGUGUCUACUACAGUCGCCAUUAGUGAAAGUGUACUCCCCCCAGAAAAAGAACUUUAUUCAUGUGCUGUAAACCGUGUUGCUGUGUACAGGAACGGUGCUUGCGCUGCACCACACAAGGGGGCCAAGAGAAAAGUAAGGGCCCAUCAAGAAGUCGAGCUGGCCGAAUUGAUGGAAAAGCUAAAGGCCCGAUACAAAGAACUCUAUGCUCCCAAGCACGUGCAUUUGCCUUAUGAAGAAAGAGUGUGAUAUCAAGAAAAUACCAAAGAAAUGGAGGCAUUGUACAUCUGUAAAUGGGAUCCCCCCCGAGAAGGGGAGGAGCCAUUAGAAAGAAGAAGAGCAACUGUGGCCAAGUUCAACAAGGUCAGAGGUUAUGGGACACUCCUUGACUGCCACACUGGGCAGACCAUCCUCGUAAACCGGCGAGCAGUGCAAAGGCCAUAUCUCCAUAAAAAGUUCUACACCUUGGGGGUGGGUGAAUUUGGGGAGUACACCCCCGUCCAGAGCCUUUGUGGAGAAUGGGCUGCAGCGGUCACUAGACCAACAGCCCCAACACAGCUUCCUUUCAAAUAUUUCCCGUCAACGGAUUGGGAGUCUGAUCCCUUCAACUUGAGGCCGACAAGGUCUGCUCCUAAAGCCUCCACCAGCGCACCCAAGGAAGAGGAGCUUCAACAGUCAAGUUCAUCAUCUUCUAUGUACAGUAAAGAGUCAGGUUCUUCAUUUUCUACAGAUCGUCGAGAGUCAAGUCCUGCUCAAGUUCAAGAAAGCAAGCCCAAAUUGCGGGCAACAAAGACCGUACCUAGGCCCUUUCGGAGCAAUGAGAGUUUGCCUCCUGCACAGGUACCAACGUAUGUACCAAGGCCCUCUUCUGACAUGGAGAGUUUGCCUGCUUCCAGGGUACCAACGAAAGAGUCAUGGGUCCAUCCUGGUUUGGAGAUGGUGCUCAAGCCCUAUUGCCCCACUGUGAUCCUGGCUAGUAACCCUAUAACCCCUUCUCAAGCUGCCUUUCACCACUCCAUCCUCACCAAUGUGGUGUGGCAAAGCUAUGUCAAUUCUAAUCCUGCCCCUGAUGUUGGCAGAUAUAGAGGAACCAGAAGAGGCACUACAAGAGUAAGGAAGAACAUCUUCUAAAGAGACUCUAAAGUAAUGUCACAUUGUUUUUCUGUCUAACCAUUUUUGUCUUACAGCAACCAAGUUCAAGAAUAGUGCCUAGCAGGACUGUGCUAGGUUUUGUUCCAGUUCAAAGUUCAGCAACGUAACCACUAAGCUUGUGCCUGACUAUUAAGUCAAUAGACUCCU